AUGACGAUUCGCGGAACUGUGCUCUCCACCGUGGAACAAGCUCAAAUCCGCGCCCUCAAGGAUGCUGGGUUGACAUACCGAGAAAUUGCUCGUCAGAUCGGUCGUUCGCAUGGAUGCGUCAACCGUUGCCUCCACAAUCCUCAUGGCUACCGAUCUGCACUUGUUUCUGACCGUCCUCAUGUGCUUUCAAUUAAGGAUCACCGAAUGAUUGCCCGCUUGGCAUCGAACUCGACGUGGACUGUCGACCAAAUUCGGUCUCAAGGCCAACAAUUUGGCGGCUCAUCCGGUCAAAUCAGAACAUAA